CUGAAAUAUUUUGAUUUUCAAAAGCGGGAAUUACACCCCCUAAUUUAAAUAAGUCAAUAUGUACACCGCCCAAAUUAAAACCGUAGCCGCAUACUUUUUUUCUCUCUCCUCACAUCUGUUCCCUUCAAUCACUAAAUAAGCACCAAGAACUAAAAUUUUGCUUCAACUUUUGCAGAUCUUAAACUCUUCUCACUUGAAUCUUAACUUUAUUGUAUUACUUUUAAUUGAUUGUUUAAUUUUUCUAGGGUUUUCUGAAAAUGGAGGCACCUCAAGUACAAGAAUUUUCAGUUGACAUCCUUCCACUGCCGCCACCAUCACCCAUCGCCAACAUUACCAUCGUCGCCGCCAUUGUUUCACCUUCCAGGUGACACGACUAAUUAUUUGAAAAAUUUUUUUUACGCCAGAAACAACUUUGUCAGAAAGAAUUAUCUACACCUAAGUGUUUGAUACAAAUAUGGUAUCAAAGACUCGGAACAGCACCAAGGGCCUGAAGGAACAAGACAGUGCAUUGGACUUGUCAUCUACGCCAAAUGCACAUAUAACACGAAGGGCUCCCAUAGAUACUCCUCAACAAUCAGUUAUGGGCCUAAAAACAACUAGCAAGGCCAAGGAAGCCAAGAACAUCACAAGGAACAGCAAGCAAGCUCCAACAGGACAGACAGACUCCAAGAACAGAGCCACAGAGCUACCUAGCGAACAGCUGACCUUGGUGAACCGCCUGAGUUCAGACCGGGAUCACUUAGACCGGAAGAAGGGCUGGAAUGGCAUCUCUCUACAUGGGCCAAGCCACCAAGGGCCAAGGGUCUUACUAAUAGUGCACCAGGAAGACAGUAGAGCAAGCUAAAGGAAGCCUGGUCAUCGAUUUGUAAAAAUCAGAAAUUUAGCUAAGUGUUGAAGCCUUUCUGUUUGUUUCUGUUUGUUUCUGUUUGAGUCUUAGCCACGUGUAUUUUGUUAGUUAAUUGUAACGGCUAGUUUAGGAUGCAAAGCCUAUAAAUACAUGGGCUCUCUCUGUAAUAAAACACGCUGGUACAUUGAUUUGAGUUGCAAUAGCAUUCGAGGUAUUUUCAGAAAAA